UCGUCAAGAGACAUUCGUGUUUCCAUUCUCCCCAGAUUCAGCCUCGAUCCAUAGCUUUAAGCGCUAUUUGGAAGCGAAACAGCUCCAUGAAGCUGACUGGGAGCCGGUCGUAAUGACAACACAGAAAGCACUGGCAAUGACACCACCAGCCUUUCAGAGUAUCGUUAACAAAGGGAGUCCUGUGGUCUUGGUAGGCCAACCAGAGCCUAUCGCCUUCGACCUUUCAGCGCUCUUUGGGCUCAUGGACUUUCGGUCUGAGGUUCGCUGCAUCUGUUCGGAUGAUGUUUCAUCAACCGGAGAUCAGCAGCUUCUAGUGAUGAGAGCGGGGGAUGCUGCUCAGGAGAUGUGUGAUUGGCAGAACUCCAGGCCGUUGAUCAUCGCCCAUGCCUCAACAGCCGCUACCGAGUAUCAGCCGAUAGAGAGCUCACACGACUCAGGCUUCUCAAUACCCACGAUGCAGCGCUUGUGGAUUUCCGUCUGGAAGAUCGCCCAUUUCGUGUUCAGGAUUGGAGAGGGCCGGUUAUCUCAGCUGUGGGUUCUAUACACCCCCCCCACCAGCCACCCAACGGCGUUGGCAUUAGUCUUCACUGCACUAGUGGACACAUCGUUUUCUUCAUCCCUAUCUUACGAGAUGACCAACAAGUCAUCGUCAAUUUCCAGGAUGUGGACGUACCUGUCGCUCUGGGCUUCGAAUAUCUGUAUGAAGCUCCACAUCGUUUCUCCUCAUUCGUUCUUUCCCCUGGCCAAACAGUGGUGCCCCUUCGAUGACUUUAUCUUCAGCAUCUUCCCCCCUGGCCAAAUAUAUGCCUAUGCCACGUUAUCUCGAAGGGUUGACGAUGAUGGUGAGGUCAGCCCGGGAUCUAUCAUGCAAGCAUCGUACUUCCUUGCUGCUGGGUGCAUGAAGCGCUCGUUCUUUGCAAGCUGGUUGGAUCGUAGCUCUGCUGAUCAAUCGGCAAGCGAGGAUGCUUGGAGUUCCACAGUCACUACGUGCCUGAUGGCCAUGGUGUUGAAGGCAGUGCGUGCCUUAUCCACUCCAGAGGGACAGAUUCCCCACUCUCCAAACGUUGUCAACCUCUUCGCGCUGGCUUCUAUGGCCAUGAUGUUCGUUGGGGAACAUGAACCAAAUCUGACUGCAAUGGCAAAGGCACUCUGUCGCCACUGUCAGGACCAAGAACCAGAUGAAUGUUCCAAACUCCUCGACGAGUUCCAUGACCUCAGGAUCGCCAACCAUGCAUACAAGGUUGCUGACCUUGAUGAUACGGUGCGGAAGGACUUCGAUACCAAGGCAUCUUGCUUCCGUCAGAGCAUGAUGGAAGCUGUUGAGAAGAUCCAUCCUUUCCCACGAGACACCCAGGAAUAG